AUGCAGCAACAUAUUGUAGAAAGCAAUCGGAGUUUUAGGCUGUCAAACUGGUUACCCUCUCUCCCUUCACCUCAGGCCACUGUGCUUGCCUCUGACAUGCCCAGCCUUUUCCACAGGCUCUACAUCCUUUCUGGCUACCGACCGGUGAAUCAGGAAUGGCUGAGCUGCUUCUGUAGCCUCUUCCAAUGCCACAAUGAGUCGCUCAAUGUGUGGACACACCUGCUGGCAAUCCCUGCCGUUCUAAUCCACUUCUUUUUUGCAGGGGCAUGGGGGUUGACUGUAAAUCUGGCUUCUUUGCCUUUGAUUUUGUAUAUGUUGUCCUCACUUAUGGCCGCCUAUCUGCUGCAGUCCCACUCUGAGCUGGCCCAUUACUCCUUAUUCUUCCUGGACUACAUUGGAGUAGCAGUUUACCAAUAUGGCUGUGCAUUAGGCCAUUAUUUUUACAGUUCUGAGCCUGUAUGGACACAAAGCCUGGUGGGCACUGUGUUCCUGCCUGGUGUUGCAGUGCUAGCAUGGCUGGCCUGUGCCAGCUGCUGCUUUGGCAAAUUCCAUUACCGCCAUGCGUACCCCCUCUGUAGGAAGAUCUGUCAGAUCUUUCCAACCAGCCUGGCACACAUGCUUGACAUCAGCCCUGUAGCGCAUCGCCUGGCAACCAGAUCUUGGGACGAGCCGGCGUUAAUGUUCCAUGCCCUUCAAAUUGUGUUCUUCAUGUUAGCAGCACUGUUUUUCUCUUAUCCUAUUCCAGAGCACUUCUUUCCAGGGAGAUGUGACAUUGUGGGCCAUGGCCAUCAGAUCUUCCAAAUCUUUCUGGCCAUGUGUACUCUGUGCCAGCUGGAAGCACUGUUUCGAGACUGUCUGGUGCACCAGCGGUCUGUUGUAGAGGUGCAUGGAGAAUACUUCCUCUUACUGGCUGGAGGGUUCGUCUUGAUGUUGUGCAGUGUUCUGAGUGCAAUUCUUAUGAGAGGCACAGUGCAAAAGCAGCUAAAGAAAACACAUUUUUUUAUUUUUUUUUUAGAAAGGAAUUAA